GAAACAAGCACAGAGAAACUCACUCAGCUUUCUCUCUCUCUCUCUCUCUCUUUCUACCAUCUUCUCUUCUCCUCCUUCUCAGGCGUGGCUUUUGGCUUUCAUUACCAUCUCUCUUUUUUCUCUCUGAGGCCAGCAUCAAACACCCAUCAAUGAACAUGUCUGCUUAUCUCUUUCCUCCUCUUUUAUAUGUUCAUGGUGAGAGCAAAAGGACAAGAGAUCGAUCCCGUCUGUUUUGUCUUGGUUUCUCUUCCUCAUAAUCAUAAUCAUUCUAGAUCGAUCCCGUCUGUUUUGUCUUGGUUUCUCUUCCUCAUAAUCAUAAUCAUUCUUUCUUCCAUUAAUAUCCCACUUUCUUUCUCUUUAAACCAGCUUUUUAAGUACAGGUUUUGAUGCAGCAGACAACAAAUCAUUCCAAACUCACUGUUUGAUACUCUCCUUGUCCAUUUCUAAGUUUGUGAUUUCUAUAAAAACAGACAUGGAUAACUGGGAGAAACCAGUCAGAGAAGAUCGCUUUCGACACAAACAUAGACAAAAUCCUUCUUUUUCUUCCACUCUUCUUGAUGCAAUUUACCGUUCUAUAGAUGAAUCCAACGAUAAAGGAGAAGAAGAGCUGAUUUUCUACAAAGAAACUAUGAGGAAGAAGCAUAGCAACGGUUUCAAAGGAGAUGAAAGGAUUGCAACUCUGCAAAAAGCUUGCAUGAUAGAGAAAUGGAUGGAAGAAAAAGUAAGCUAUGAAAAGGUAGCAGUUCGGAGAAAAUCCGUAGGAGAUUUCGAUAAAAAUGCUCCAAAGGAUUUCGAUCCUAAACCACCUCCUAUGUUACUGAACUCCAGCUCUAGUUCCUCAGAAUCUAGCUGUGGAGGUGGGUUUUCUUCCUCAGAAUCUGAGUCUACUUAUGGUCUCAGCUCAUCAAGAUCAUCAUCAAUUUGCGCCAUGCAAAGGCCUAAGCCUAUUCGAACCAGCGUUUCUGCACGGCCGGAGAGAUACGAAAGAUGUGUAGAUGAAAUUUCUAUGUAUCAUCAUGAGAGAAAAUAUUCAAAUUAUGCACCAACACAAAAGCCAAAACACGAGGGCAGUUUUGGGAAGACGAAAUCCAGAGCCUUAAAGUUUUAUGGCGAUCUCAAGAAGGUAAAGCAGCCUAUUUCACCUGGGGGUCGGCUUGCAAGCUUUCUCAACUCUCUUUUCACUGCGGGAAAUGCUAAGAAAGCCAAGAUUUCAUCUUCGUUGUCGGGGUGUGAGGAAAGAAAAAUUAAGUCUGAGCAGACAUCGAAAUGUUCUUCAACUUCUUCAUUUUCAAGGUCUUGCUUAAGCAAGACUUCUUCCGCUAGAGGGAAUAAAUUGAGCAAUGGAACAAAAAGGUCUGUGAGGUUCUACCCAGUUAGUGUGAUUGUGGAUGAGGAUUCUAGACCUUGCGGACACAAAAGUCUCUAUGCAAAUCAUGAAGAGACUUCAAUGGCAGUCACUUCUACAAGAAAUCUCGCAAAUGAAGAGCUCAAGUUACAUGUCAUGAACGAAAGUCGCAGGGUUGAGAAAGUUGCAAGGGAUCUCUUAAAGAACUAUCAGAAGAAGCAAGAGGAGUUUGCUGCAAGAGAACUUUUUUGCAACGGAAAUGGAGAGUCUAGUGCAGAAGAAGAAGAAGAAGAUGAUGAUGAUGAAGAAGUAGCAAGUUGUGCAAGUUCUGAUUUGUUUGAAUUGGAUAAUCUUUCUGCUAUUGGGAUUGAAAGGUAUCGUGAAGAAUUGCCUGUGUAUGAAACAACACAUCUUGAUAAGAAUCGAGUCAUUGCUAAUGGCAUAAUUCUGUAAUUCCCAGUAACGGGAAACAAGAAAAAGAAAAAAUUUUUAAUUAGCUUUAUUAAUGAAUGGUGUGGGGGUUUACAUCAGAGAAUAAGAUGUCUCAUCUUUGUUUA